AGUCGAAGAGAGAGAGAGGGAGAGAGAGGGAUGGAGUGAGGUAUAAUUAUGGUAGGAGGCUGCCAGGGCGAGAGAGAGAGAGGAGAGAGAAGGGGAGGGAGGGAAAGAAAGACGAGAGCGAGAAGAGAGAGAGUCCAGCCCACUCCGGUAAAACCAUUCAACUGGUGAGCGAGGGAAUGCAUUCGCCACAGAGAGGGAGAGAGAGGAAAAGAGGUGGACUCUGAGCUGAACUUUGCAGCUUCCAAACUUCGGAGAGAGCGAGUGAGCGAGGGAAGGAAGACGAAGACACCAGAGAGAGAGAGAGAUCAUUUUUAUUUCUUUGACCAGUUUUUCUUUUGGCCAAAAACUUUUCUUUGUCGCUCUGUCUGCAUCACCAGCUCCGACCCAACAGCCAAUCAGGCAUCUGCCGCCAUCAUGUCCGUCUUACCUCUGCUCAGCUGGACCGUCCUGGUCCUGGUGCAGAGCUGCAGCUCGUCUAUGGACCCGGCGUCUAAACCUCAUCCGCCGCCACUUUCUCUGACCGUCCAUCCUCACUACCAGCCACUGCUGGACGCUGCCCCCAGCUCCCACUGCCCCUCCUGCGCCCUGGCCAGGAUGAGGAGGAACGACGGGGGCACGGCAGUGGACGAUUUGGCGAGGCACGAGCGAGAGGAAGAGGAGGCGGCUCAGCAAGACGUGGUUGAAGCGGUGAAGAGGCACAUCCUGAACAUGCUGCAUCUCCAGGCACGGCCCAACAUCACCCGGCCCGUGCCGCGCGGCGCUCUCCUCAACGCUCUGCGCAAGCUUCACGUGGGGCGAGUGGCGGAAGACGGCAGCGUGCAGAUUGAGGGGGAGGAGGAGGCUCGAGGGCGGGGAGGCCGGGGAGGAGGUGGGGGAGGAGCAGCAGCAGCUGCGGUGGCGGCGAAUCGGGCAGGAGACAGCGAUGAUGCACAGGAGACGACAGAGAUUAUCACCUUCGCAGAGGCUGGUGAAUCUCAGGGCCUGGUCAACUUUGUCCUCUCUAAAGAAGGCGGCUCUCUGUCUCUGGUAGAGCAGGCGAACAUCUGGAUCUUCCUCCGUUUGGCUAAGACAAACCGCAGCCGAGCCAAAGUCACCAUCCGCCUCUUCCAGCAGCGCCAGCUCACCAACCGACAACCAACUCUGCCGCAGGACGAUAUCCUGCUGGCAGACAAGACGGUGGACACCCGUCGCAGCGGCUGGCACACCUUCCCGGUGUCUGCGGCGGUGCAGGCGCUGCUGGAGAGCACAGAGAGCACGACGCUGAGCCUGAGGGUGUCCUGUCCGCUAUGUGCCGACGCCGGGGCCACAGUUAUUCUGGUUUCCGGCAGUUCGGAGACAUCGCAGCGCACCAACCAGCGGGAGCAAUCCCACCGGCCCUUCCUGAUGGCCGUGGUCCGGCAGGGAGAUGGCAGCGACUCACGGCGACGCAGGAAGCGAGGGCUUGAGUGUGAUGGGAAAGUCCGCGUGUGUUGCAAAAGGCAGUUCUAUGUCAACUUCAAAGACAUCGGCUGGAACGACUGGAUAAUCGCGCCGCCCGGUUACCAUGCCAACUACUGCGAGGGUGAGUGUCCCUCUCACGUGGCGAGCAUCACUGGGUCCACACUGUCCUUCCACUCCACUGUCAUUAGCCACUACCGCAUGAGGGGCCACAGCCCCUUUCAGAACCUGAGGUCGUGCUGCGUGCCCACGCGGCUACGAGCCAUGUCCAUGCUCUACUACAACGAGGAGCAGAAGAUCAUCAAGAAGGACAUCCAGAACAUGAUCGUGGAGGAGUGCGGCUGCUCGUAAACUAAAACCUGACCUGGACCAGAGAAAGGGACCUCUGACCCCAGAGAGAGAGAGAGAGAGAGACAAGGAGGGAUGAGAGAAGGAUGAAGAAGUGACUUCAUGAUCGACGUGUCUCUCAUCUACUGUGUUUCAGGCUUCACCUCCUCCCUCCAUCCCUCCUGGACGCUCUCGGGGAUAAAAACUCUUCUCUGGACUCGAGUCUUCAUGGCACUUUCAAAAAAAAGAAAAGAAAAAAGGUAGAAAAAAAGAAUAUCUAAUAUAUUUUUGUUACACAUGGAGGGAGCGACGCUUAUUUAUGUGGCUGAAAUGUUCAAGCACCACUCGACCAGCCCGACCUUGGAGAUGAGGUGCAUGAAAAACUAGACAAAAAUCUCAAAACUAUGCAACUUGUUUCAUGUUUUCUGAUUUUAUUGUAUUUCACUUUGACUCGUUUUUUGUUUCCCGACUAUUUCCGUUUUGAAAAUCUAAAAGAAAGAAGAGAACUCUUUCGUAUUAUUUUUUUGGAAGUAUAAAUGCGUGUGUGUGUGGUUGUGUGUGUGUGCUUUUGUCCAUUCGAGUGUAAGAGUGUGUUUGUUUGUGCGUUGAGAGAUACUUGAAAGAAACAAGUUGGCCCGGCUGCUGGAACCAAACACUUCUUUACGUUACCAUGGGUACCAUGUUGAUGUUAUAAUUAUUAUUGUCAGUAAGUAUAUAUAUAAUAUUAUUGUUAUUAAUAAUAAUAUUUUGUUUGGCUGCAUUUGUGUUGUUAGGUCUGUUUUUGUUUUGAAGAAACGUUCAGAACGUUUUCGUGUUUUGCACUAUAGCGACACUCGUGUUCAGAUUAGCGUCAGACUGAAAAGAUCGUCAGAGGACAGACAGAGCGCAGCCUCCAGUUUACACGUGUCAGAGUUUACAGGUUCGAUCCCCUCAAUAAGCAAGGCAGUGUUGAUGCUCAUGAUGAUCAUUGUGUCGCUCUGUCGGUUCCUGAGCAGUCGCAGAUCGCUCCUGCAGAAAACCUGUCAGUCAGUGUAAAUUCACUUCAGAAGAACUGAUGAGAUAAACCACACGAUUUGGAUUUUUUAUGACUAUUUUUACUAGUUACCUUGUGAUGUACAUUAUAUUUCCGAUAACUAAAGAUCAAAUGUUUGUGUUACAAAACUCUCAAACUCAAACUGCCUGUAUCUGUCGCCUCAAAGUGUCAAAUUAAUUAAAUAUUCAAUUCAAUGUGUCCACAGGGUUAUUCACCACUCACCGUGUUUUUAUUUAUAAAGUGUAAAUUUUCAUUAUGGUGACAAGAUCGCUGAUGAAACUUUCCUCAGAAAAUGUUAAAUAUUAAGAGCUGAACAUUAUAUUUAAAAAAAGACAACUAGUGGCCAUUAGAAAAAUUGCAGCUGAGGACACUACAUGUGUGGAGGCUUCUGAUGAAUAAAUAUAAAUAAAUAACAUACAUAAAUCGUCCGCUAACCUGAUGGUGAAAUGUACGACACUAACCUGUCAGUUAGCACUGAAUGCUAUCUUGUCUUUAUGGAGCUACAUAUUUUAUAUGUGAACUUGUAGAACACGACAUUAAUCUGCUGAACGAGCGUUAAUAAACUUAUAGUAACUGUACGUGUAGAGAUCACGAUCCAUCAGGAACGUGAGUGAAGAUGGAUCGUGUUAGCCAACAGAACGAAACCCAACUUUAUUUCAUCAUUAUGUGAAGAUUUACAGUUUGGGGGAUUUUAAAGACUUUAUUAAAGAACGUGUAAAGCAAAGUCAGCUCUUUGUCUAUUAAUGUGCUAUACAUGUGAUUAUUGAAAUCAUUUGAAAAGACUAUGUGGUACUGACAAGCGAAGUUUGACAGUUUUUACAGCAUUCCUUGGUUCCUGAAAAGUGAACAGCAGAUACUUGUGAUACAGCAGAUACGAUGUGCUGCCCUCAUUAGCAUAGGACACCCCCAAAACUAUGUAAGAACUAGGGUUGGGCGACUUUAAGAUGUAUGCAGUGCAACAUCGUGAUGCACGCUGCCGUCGGGGGGGGGGGGGCUAGUUCGGUGGCACUAGCUCCUCCGCUCGCCACCUUUGUUCUAGUUCUCGUGCCGACCAUCGCCUGUAAAAGUUCACAGAUAACUUUGGGUGUCGUUGUUUGCGAACCACAUUUACCCCAGAAGUUUUGUUUUUGGUGCUGCCCUCAGGUUCUGUUGAAAAACCAAAACACUACCCAGAGUACAACCAAGCUUAAUUCUUGACAACUCAGACAAACUGUUUUUUGUUUUUUUUACAUAUCUCAAAGUCAGUGUUGUGUUAAAUUGCAGCGUCGUCCGUUCACAGUUUCCUUAUGUCCUGACGUAGUGGAACUCAUCACCUGUACGUGUGCUUUCGCGCAGACUUAAAAAGGUUUGGUGGCGCUAGCUCCGCUGCCAGUAACUUUCGAUCGGGGAAGAGGGAAGUAAUGCUUUUGGGGAAAUCCCCGUAAACAAGUGAUACAUAUAUAUUUCUACGUUAUAGUAGACACUGUGCUAUAGUCUGUGCUUAGCAGGGUGCACUCCUUUGCCAGUGUAGAAGGGGUGGGGGGGGCAUCACGAUGUUGGCUGUCAGUCAAGCCCAACCCUAAUAAGAACUAGACAACUUGACAGAGGCGAAACCUUUCCCGGGACUGGGCGUGGCUUCCGCGGCUGCCAGGUCACGCACAGCGAGAGAUACUUAGAUUCUCUUUCUUUAACCCAAACCCAAUUCACCGGGGUGGUUGAUGACACGUUGCUCUGUGGUGGGACAAACGCCGAAAAUAUCUUUUUCAUUGCUUUACACAGUCUUUGAUUUUCAAAGGGAAAAAAAUGAAAUAUUUAACUGAUGCAUUAAAUUAAUUAAGGUGGAGUUCAUAAACUUUUCUUUUAUCAAAACCACCCUUAAUUUAAUCCUAAAGAAGAAACACAGUUAUAUGAGUCAAUUAACAUUCAGAUUAAUUAAUCACUUUGUCAGAAAGUAGAAUUAUUUAUAAAAACCAAACAGUCAAUCGCAAAAUUAUUCACUUUAAAUAUUAUGACUACAACAGAAGCAGCAAAUUAACAUGAUAGAAUGAAGGAAUCAUUUAGGCUCUAAUCAGCUGUAAAGCACUUUUGAUACAGUUAUUUAACCAUUAAUAAUAUUUUAAUCAGCAGAAAGUGUUAUUUCUUUCUUUCCUUGGAGAUAAUGUUUGAAUUUGUUGUUUUUUAGAUCAAAUGAAAUCUUUUGGUUUGAUGUGAUGAGCAGCUUAAGGUUUAUUUUAAAUCAGUUUUAUAUCUGAUAAGAAGAAAUGAUGAUGGUUUUUGUUUUGAGAAAAUGUCUAGUUUUAGUUUAUUUUAGAAACCAAAGAGUCGACAAAUGUUUGGAGUUCAACUUACAUUCAAACUGAAAAAAAAAAAAAAAAACUUCCAACGUGAUUAAAAUCUGUUUUAAUUUCACUGAAAUGUGUAAAAUGUGGCGUCACUUUCAGAUUUUAUUCAUGCUUUAUAGUUUUUGCUUGUUUUGAAACAAACAUCUUGAUCUUGUUUUUACUUCUGGUGUUUUUAUCCCCCCGCACACUGAGAACUCAAUUUCCCACAAUGCUUUAAUCACAAAGUGAAAAAAACAAUCCACCGUCGUCUCUGCUUCAGAAAGUAAACAAAUGUUGAGUGUUUUUUGUGUCAUAUGUGUUAAUAUCAGUGUUAUCGACUUCACCAAAAGUUUGCAGUACUGGUCCCAUUUUGAUGAAGUCACACAUGUUACGUCUUCUUAUGAUUUUUAUUGUUUUUGUUGGACUUGUUUUCAGAGAGAGAGGACGCUCUUGCUCUGAACUUUCUGGGACAAACUCAUCGUCCGUCCCGAGCGAACGUGGACGCACACAAACUGUCAGUGCAGAAAAAAAGGCCUCAAAAACUAAGAAAAAGUCAAAAAUAAGAAAAGUGAUAAAAAAAGUGGUUGUUCUUUUUAUCAAGAUGAAAAAAUACUGACACUGAACAAAGUGGACAAAGAAUAAAAAGUCUAUUUUUUAUUCUGUAUAUAUGGAAAUCAAGAAUCCAGUAUGUUGCAUUGCUUUGUUGUACAAAUCAAAUGUGCUUGUGGCAUUUUUCUAAUCUAAUUUAUUUUACAGUAUUAUUUGGGUUUUGUUUUCUGCUUCACCAUUAAAGUUUAAAGG